AUGCUGGUUUCCUUGAGUACAUAUACUAGAACCCCUCACUACUGCAACGCUUCCUUGCUUGUGUUCACGGACAUCCCUCUGCCGUCUGUCGGUCACUUCAGAACCAGAAAAUCGUAUUGGGCCAGAUUCUGGGCCUUUCAUAGCGUGUCUUGGCUUUUUAAUCCAACAAGAAGUGAAAUAACAAGUCUAGAUAGUGGAAAUAUAGAUGACAUUUUAAACAACGCAGAUGUUGCUUUAGUUAAUUUUUAUGCUGAUUGGUGCCGCUUCAGCCAAAUGCUGCAUCCUAUUUUUGAGGAAGCUUCUAACGUAAUUAAGGAAGAGUAUCCAGAUAAGAAUCAAGUGGUGUUUGCUAGAGUAGACUGUGAUCAGCAUUCGGAUAUAGCUCAGAGAUACAGGAUAAGCAAAUAUCCAACUCUGAAACUCUUCCGGAAUGGAAUGAUGAUGAAGAGAGAAUACAGGGGCCAGAGAUCUGUGACAGCAAUAGCGGAUUAUAUAAGGCAGCAGAAGAGUAACCCUAUUCGGGAGGUCCAGGAUUUGGAAGAAAUUAGUUCUCUUGAUCGCAGCAGAAGAAAUAUUGUUGGAUACUUUGAGCAAAAGGACUCUGACAAUUACAGAACCUUUGAAAGAGUAGCGAAUAUUUUGCAUGAUGAUUGUGUAUUCCUGUCUGCCUUUGGGGCUAUUUCAAAAGCAGAGAGAUUUAGCGGAGACAAUGUAAUCUACAAGCCACCAGGGGAAAAUGCUCCAGAUAUGGUGUAUUUAGGAUCGCUAACCAAUUUUGAUUUGAUUUAUGCAUGGACACAAGAUAAAUGUGUACCACUAGUUCGAGAAAUUACGUUUGAAAAUGGUGAGGAACUGACGGAAGAAGGCCUUCCUUUUCUCAUACUUUUCCACAUGAAAGAUGACUUGGAGAGUUUAGAGAAAUUCCAACAGGAGGUUGCACGACAGUUAAUAAGUGAAAAAGGUACGAUAAACUUCCUCCAUGCUGACUGUGAUAAAUUCAGGCACCCACUCCUUCAUAUUCAGAAGACUCCAGCAGACUGCCCUGUUAUUGCCAUUGAUAGCUUUAGGCACAUGUAUGUCUUUCCAGACUUCAGUGACUUGUCAGUUCCAGGUAAACUGAAGCAAUUUGUACUAGACUUGCAUUCUGGAAAAUUGCAUAGAGAGUUUCAUCAUGGCCCUGAUCCAACUGAUGUAGCACCUGGUCAGCCAAUUCAGGAUUUAGCAAGCAGCCCACCAGAGAGCUCAUUCCAGAAACUGGCACCCAGUGAACAUAGGUACACCUUAUUGAGGGAAAAAGAUGAACUUUAAAAACUUGAAAUAAUCUUGCAAGCCUUUCAGACAGCAGCAUUGACUUCUGUGUGGUGGAAAUAGUAAACCUAUAUUUUCAUAAUUCUAUGUGUAUUUUUAUUUUGAAUAAACUGAAAAAUAAUUUCUUUCUCCCCAGGCUUGUAAAUACGUUUGUUUGGUGGGUCAUUCUGUACAGCAUCUUUCAAACAGUACGUUCCUAAUGCUAUAGUAAAAUAUCAGAGACCCAUCCAGACUCUUGAUCUAACUCUGUUCUGUAAAACUUUUAUAAUCCAAAUGAAGGUAUCCUUGCCAGAGACAUGCUGUUAACUUGCACUAUCCCAUUAAAUAGGACUUUUGGGUUGUUUUCUGUGUAACCUCGGUAGUAUGUGCUUUUUCUCCUCCUUCAUGUGAACAGCUAUCCUGGUAAUCUAUUUCUUUGUCACGUUUUUCUCCAACUUAAGAGGGUCUUCUAUUCUGGAUACUUGGGAGGGGAAUAAAUUAAAGUUUUACAGAA